UUUCACUGUACAGACAUGGAAAAGUUUCAGGCAAUUCUUAAGUUUGCCAGCAAACAAACCAACUUUGGAUAUGGAUUGGUUGCUCUGAUAACGGCGUGUGGAGAGCAGAUCUUCUCAUCGGUAGCCUUCAAAUGUCCCUGCAAUGAGCUGAAUUUUAUCUACGGCUUAGUCUUUCUGUUGGUGCCAGCCCUGGCCUUGCUGCUGCUUGGCAUCAUUCUCAGUAAGAAGACUUGGAAACUGACAACAGGGUUUUGCCAUCGCAACCAAAAGCUAUGUAAGUGGAAGAAUCUGAAGAGCAUGGGAGUGACUGUCUUCCAAAUCAGUGCUUCUGCACUGGUAGCACCGUCUACUUGGAUUGCUGUGGCUCUGCUGCAUGGCAGCUAUUAUGAGUGUGCCAUGACGGGGGCCAACUCCACCAGCUACACUGAGGUUGUGUGCAGGGGGGUGAACUUUGAAGCCAAAUGCGUUACAGAGCUGCAAAAUUUUCCUUGUAGAAACACUGGAAAUGAAAUAGAGGAAGUUCUGCGAACCCUCAGAGCUCAUUCUCAGAUUCUGGGCUGGCUGGUCAUCGCCUCCAUCAUGAUAUCCAACCUGUUGGUGAUUUGUGUGGCUCACUGCUUCUCCCCCAUCAGCUACCUGCAGCUAAAGUUUUGGAAGAAUUAUGCUGAGGAGGAGAAUGACCUCAUGAACGACUACUCAAGUAAACAUGCCAAAGAGCUUGCAGAUAGGAACCUGAAGAGCUUUUUUAAUCAGACCCCGCCGGCAAACAUUGUCACCCCUUGCAAUAAGGAUUGGGAGAAGAUUUCCUCACUCUAUAAGUUCAGCACCAAAGACCACUUCUACAGCACUCUGCAUCGAUACAUAGAAAACAAGGACGAUACGGGAGGUAGCAUGAGGUUGGCUUCAUUGAGGUCAAAUGAGUCUGCUAACAACCCUCCAGUUCUAGACUUUGUGGAUGGAGGAACAGCAGCUCUGUGAGGACGAACCGGCUCAACCCAAGACUUGAUUUCAGAUCCAGCACUCUUGGGAGCUUCACGAAGGAUGUCCUGGGGUUGGCUUGGGUCAGUCAAGUUAAGCAGUAGCUACUUUUGUGAAAACUUGUUACCGGGACAAUUUAGAAUUUCCUACAGUAAAGCUAAAUGAAGAAACGUUAGCAUCCAAAAUACUCCCCUGUCUUAAAGAAUGCAUAAAAAGUCAAGAUUGUAUUUUAAAAACUGCUUAACCCUUAAACAUUUUCGGUAUAAAAAGUUAAACCAUCACUUUUGCUGUGUAAAUUUUACCUAAUAUAAUAUACCCAACAAAGAGUACUUGUCAUAAAGAAUGGAUCAAAACAUGACAUGUGAUAAAUGAGUGGUUUUCUUUUAUUUUCAACUGUGGUAUGUGUAAGAAAAAGAGAAACAUGGGAAGUUCCUAAAAACAUGCUCAAAAAUAGCUUAAAAAAACUUUUAAAAAAAUGAUAAAAUGAUACUAGAAACUUGGUCUUUGUUUCACCCAUUCCUGGGACAUGUCUGUGCCUGAAGGCACAGACUGCUUGACACGUGACAUAUUGGAACUCAUGUAAAUAGUUUUGCUCGGGUGAAAGUCACCCGGUGAUAGUCCUCUAGGGUUCAUCUUUUUGCCCUGAAUUGAGUUUUUUCAGUGCUAAAAUACUUUUCUAUUGGGAAAAAAAACUAUAAUUUUGUCUUUAAAAAAUGAACACAAAUCAGAAAGAACCUUUACAAAUCAGAAGCUUGGCUAUAUUGAAUCCUCAGUAUCUGUAAAUAUUUAUAAACGUUUAACACCAGAGGGAAAAACCAUUUUGUUAAGGAAAAAUAUAUUUUCUGGGAACAUUUAGACGUCAGCAUCAGCCAUGAAAAUCUUGUCUGACAUGGAAUCAGUCUGUAACUUCAGAACAGUUGGAGACCACUGAUCUAAGAAACCCCAGAAUGCUGUUUCCAUAUGUAAUGCUGUUGUAACACAUUUAUAGUUUUGCUAAUAAAAACCAUAUUCAGAAGGC